CGUCGGGACGCGAAUGCGGGAGUACUUGGCAACCCGAGCUCGUGGAAAAUAUCGCGAGACUUCCUCACGCAACUCUCUUUUUUUCGCUUGUGGGCUUUGUAGUCCAAAACAGGGCAGCGUCGUCCCACUUUCUUGAGAGCGCAGAUUGUCAGUCAAACCCACGAGCAGGAGCAGCAGCAGCUCAACGCAGAUUCUUUUCCUUUAAAUAGGACACUGUGUAGUUUAGCACCUGUUUGUCACAGUCUUUUCCCAGAGGACACUAAAGGGAAGGGGAGGGGGGGGGGGGACAACAACAACCCCACGAAAAGGGUUCGGCUUGAGUUGCGCGUGGAGUGGACCAGCCUGCGGAGAGAAAACAAGACGUCCAUGCAGGAAUGUUGACGUAAUACGGCGAAAGAGAUCUUUCUGCACUGGUUGUGAGUCUGAAUCCUGGUUGAUGGUCACGACCACCACCAGCAGCAGCAGCAGCGAGGGGCGCUCAUGGCCCACCGCGUGCACGACCACCAAAGUCGCCUGCCAGUGGCCCAGGCCGCCGUUCUGAGCCUGCCUCCGUCCAGCCAAGCAAAGGACCUGAGGCCCACCUGGACGGCGCUGGACUCCCUGCUGUGCGGCGCCUUCGCCGGAGCCGUCGCCAAAACCGUCAUCGCGCCGCUGGAUCGCACCAAGAUCAUCUUCCAAGUGUCCUCAAACAGGUUCUCGGCUAAGGAGGCGUUCAGGGUCAUCUACUGCUCGUAUAUGAAAGAUGGCCUUCUCAGUCUAUGGAGGGGUAACUCGGCCACCAUGGUGAGGGUCAUGCCUUACGCCGCCAUCCAGUUCUGCUCCCACGAACAGUACAAAAAGGUGCUGGGAGGUCACUACGGCUUCCAGGGAAAAGAUCUUCCGCCGCUUCCGCGAUUCUUGGCCGGCUCGUUGGCGGGGACCACCGCUGCCAUGCUGACGUACCCGUUGGACAUGGUGCGGGCCCGCAUGGCAGUCACAGCCAAAGAAAUGUACAGCAACAUCAUGCACAUCUUUGUGCGCAUCUCCCAAGAGGAAGGCUUAAAGACGCUCUACAGAGGCUUUACCCCCACAAUUCUUGGCGUCAUCCCCUACGCCGGCAUCACGUUCUUCACUUAUGAGACCCUCAAGAAACUUCACACAGAAAAGACAAAACGAGCUCAGCCGUACCCCGUGGAGCGCUUGGCCUUCGGCGCGUGCGCGGGGCUGAUCGGGCAGUCGGCCUCGUACCCUUUGGACGUGGUGCGCCGGCGCAUGCAGACGGCCGGCGUCACCGGCUCCGCCUGCGACACCAUCUUGGGAACAAUGCGCGCGAUCGUGAGCCACGAGGGCAUCAUGCGUGGACUCUACAAAGGCUUGAGCAUGAACUGGCUCAAGGGGCCCGUGGCGGUGGGCAUCAGCUUCACCACCUUCGACAUUACGCACAGCUUGCUCCUCAAAGUACACCAGAUGGGCUUCUCCACCCACUGACUGGCAGAGAUGGGAUUUAUCGCGUUUUGCCAAACAGACGUCAAAGCCACGAACUAUCACUUUUAUUGACAAAAUAACGACGAUUAAAAAGCGCUGUGCGUUCUAUGUUAGCGGUACCAUAUGUUCUUUUGAGAUUAUCUGAACACUCUGCCUCGGUUAUCUUGAUUGAAAGAGCAUUGUUGGAUUGGAUCCCAUUAGUUUGGCUCAGGACACGGCACGUGUAUAUAUACUACAACAUUGCAAACAAUCAUUCCAUUCGAAAAGCUUUAACUGUCCACCACUGUGCUUGAACCAUUAACUUUCAGACUCACAAAACCAGAUCACAAUGCCCUCAGCCAGUUGUGAGCAGAUCAGUGACACCCCCCGGUACUUUUGUACAUGAAAUGGGGGCAACAUUUAUGAGGAUUUAGUUUGUUCAUCUCUCAACUCUGAUUCUAACCUGACUCUGUCAUGUAAUUUUAGCUGCACCAUUGUGA